GAUACUUACUUCAUGAUGAAUUUGUAUGUGGGAUCAAACUACCAGCAAAACUAUGUUGCGGUUGAUACUGGCUCGUCUGAUCUCUGAGUACCCUCAUCAGGGUACGAUUUUUGUACCUCGACUACCUCAAAGGACAUGGGUAUUUUAUUUGAAAUUGAAUAUAUCGACAAUAGUCUGUAUGAGGGCAAAUUUUUCAUGGAUACUUUGCGGUUUGGAUUAGACGGGCAUUCACUAAAACACUUUCAAUUUGGGGUUUCAAACACUAGUGAUCCAGGCAUUUUGGGACUAGGAAGUAAAUCCCUUGAAUCUGCAACGACAGAAUACGACAAUCUUCCAUGGACAUUACAAAAGGCGGGAAUUACGUCCAAAGCGUGUUACUCUUUGUAUUUGAAUCCUGAUAGAGAAUCUGGUUCGAUUGUUUUUGGCGGAAUAGACACAGCAAAAUUCUCUGGUAGGUUGAAGGAGUAUCCUAUUUAUGGAGGAGCAAGCGAUUUGGCCAUUUAUUUAAGCAGCCUCAUUAUAGGAGAUAAAGUGAUACCAGUGGAAUCGCCGUAUGCUUUUGACUCUGGUUCCUCAAUCGGAUUUGUGGGAAAAGAAUUGAUGUAUGCCCUCGAUAUGAUUUUCAAAGCUACAAUUAAGGAGGAGGAAGGAAUUGGCUACAGAUUUGUUGACUGUAAACAGCCCGAUGACAUUUACUUGGUGUUCAGCUUUGAUGACAACAAUAUUUCUAUUCCAUACGCAGACUUGAUUUUGCCCAAAGAUGGAUUUUGUAUUUUAGGGCUUGCUUACUUCAAUGAUUAUCAGAUCUUGGGCCAUGUGUUUAUGAGACAUACAUAUAUGUAUUUUGAUCUCACGGAAAACACAAUAUCGCUAGCCCAGGCGCUGUUCUCUAAAAAGUCAAACAUUAUCACUUUCUGAAACUUGAACUCUUUAAAUCAAUAUGUUUACGGCAGGAAAUUGAUAAGAU